GCUCUUCAUCACCAGCUGAUCCAAAGAGCCACCACAUACCACAUCUACAAUGGCGAUUUCCACUCCCACCUCCGCCCUCCUCCUCCUCCUCCUGCCGGCCAUCUUCGGCCUUCUCAUACCGUCUUGCACUGCCGACAACAUUCUCUACACCGACGAGACGCUCUACACGGAGCAGUCGCUGACGUACGGGUCCUACAGAUUCACUAUACAGUCAGACUGCAACCUGGUCCUCUACGACUCCGGUAAUGCCGUGUGGUCCUCCGGCACGGACAACCGUGGCUACAACUGCAUCCUCAAGAUGCAGGCGGACGGCAACCUUGUGAUCUACAGCAACGGCAACGCUCUGUGGGCGUCCAACACCUCGAGGGACCAAGGCAACUAUAUAUUGGUCCUGCAAAGGGAUCGCAAUGUGGUGAUCUAUGGCCCUGCGAUCUGGGCCACCGGCACCAACUACGGCACUUCCGGUGUCGUCAUAUCCCGGAACGCCACCGGCACUCCGGUGGUCGUCGCUUCCGCCGCUGAGGACGUCAACAACAGGAAGAUCGCCAUGGUGACUAAGAACUGACUGGCGGUGGUGAUUCUGCGAUAAUAAGCACGCUUUGAGGCGCUGCAUGCGUUGUUGGUGUGUCCAAAUAAGUGCUUGUCUUGUGGUCUUCUCUGUGGGCUGUCGUCGACUUGCUCUUGUUAUAAUAUGAAAAGGAAAAGGUGUCACCACUA